UUAUUUUUCUAAUCGAUACCUUUUACCAGUUACCUAAUUACCUACCUAAGACUCUGCGAUUACCGAUCUGUAACGUGUUAUCCAGAAAAAUAAAUGUGAUAUUUUAAAUAACUACUUGUGCGCCGUGUUCUACCAAACGCGGAGGCGUGAGGCACUGAGGAGUGAGGACUGAUCACUGAGGACGACUCCAGACCCAGACUGCUUUGGCGCAUAGUCGCGCGGCGCACUGGUUGUGGCACUGGUUUUUGCUCGAGCGCUCGUACGCUAUGGACGUGAAAUCGGUGUAGUGUUUAUUCGUGAUUUUAAUUAUUGUAAAGAAAGGCAGACCUAGCUUGGACUGAAUAUUUAAGAACAAAAACUAUUAUAAACUUUUGCUUAGUUUUUAUUGAAAAUGAGUUCGAUAUUAUCAUCGAGUUCCGUAAUUGCGUGACAAGACUCGGAACACUGAAUUAUAGAAGUGCAACAGGCGUCGUAAAGGUUUCGUGUCAACAUUGUACACAAAUCGAAUAUUCAAAAUGCCUUCGGACUCGGAAUGUGAUUGUGACUUAGUUUCGAAGGAGUGGCUGCUGGGUAAACUGCGAUCGGACGAGAGAGACACAGUCCUGAUAGACUGUCGGGGGUCCAACGAAUAUGCCGUGUCUCACAUACGUUCGGCUGUCAAUUUUUCCAUUCCGAGUAUAAUGCUGAGGCGUUUGGCGGCCGGCAAGAUAGACCUGUCGUCGACGGUGCAGUGCAAGGAGCUGAAGGCGAGGAUAACGCACUGUUGUGCGCGCGGGACGUUCAUCCUUUAUGGUGAUGGAGCCCCCAGAGAUCCAGACUCUGUACAUGGCAUACUGCUAAAACGAUUAAAACAAGACGGUGUGCAGGUUGUGUGUCUUGAAGGCGAUUUCGCGGAGUUCCGGCGCGCGUACCCCGAGUGGUGCAGCGAGGCCGGCGCCACGCACGUGCCUCAUCUGCCACUAAUGGGAUUGCGGUCCCUCCGCAUCUCGGGGUCGGGGUGCGACGAGGCGCUGUCGUCGGGCUCGUCGUCGGAGUGCGAGGAGUCCCACGCCCACCACCAGGACUUCCCCGUCGAAAUCCUGCCCAACCUCUACCUGGGCAACUCCGCCAACAGCGAGGACUGCGAUGCGCUGGCGCGGCAUAACAUCAAGUACGUGCUGAACGUGACGCCGGACCUGCCGAACGCGUUCGAGGCGGAGGGGUGCGGCAUCAACUACCUCAAGAUACCCAUCGCCGACCACUGGAGCCAGAACCUCGCCGUCCACUUCCCCCAGGCCAUACGGUUCAUCGAGGAGGCGAUGUCCGCGCGGUGCGGCGUGCUGGUGCACUGCGUGGCGGGCGUGUCGCGCUCCGUGACCGUGACGCUGGCAUACCUCAUGCAGCGCCACCGGCUCUGUCUGCGCGACGCCUUCGACCUCGUCCGCGCCCGCAAGACCGACAUCGCGCCCAACUUCCACUUCAUGCGCCAGCUGCACUGCUUCGAGCGGGACCUCGGCCUCCACGACCGCAGCGCCAGCCUGAGUAAGGUGCUGGAGGAGCUGGGCGUGCGUGAGGUGCGCGCGUGCGCGUGCGUGGGGACGUGCGCGUGCGCGCGCUCGUGUGGGUGCGCGGCCAAUACGUGCGCGCGCUGCGGCGUGUCGCCCGACUCCGGCAUCGAGUUCGACCGCUGGAGCGCAGCGCGUGAUACGCCGCAAUGACACUUCUUCACGUCUCGCACGUCGCAAGCGCAGCAGCAGCAGCAGUCGUCGCAACAGCAGCAACUAGAGAGGCAGUCGCCGCAGCAGCAACAACAACAGCAGUCGCAGCAGCAGCAACAGCAGUCACCGCAGGAGUGAGCGCCCCAUCGUAACGGCACCCCGAACGCCCCUUCCCAUCUGGGGCCUCUGUAGUAAUCGUGAUAAGCUGUUGACGUCGGCGUCGGUGUAUAUGUGACGUAACGUCACUAAAAUUUACAAAGUUAUUAGAAUAAAAAUAAUAUAACUGGGACGUCGCGUACGAUAGGCCCCGCCGUGCGUCGCAGUUGUCUAGUCGCCGCAGUCUGCUCUCUGGAGCUUAGUGUAUUGUGACGUAGGCCGUUUACUUUUGAUGUUACUUGUAAUUUUGUUGCGGGGUCUAGAAUUGUUCUAUUGAUGAUUCCGACGAGGCCGGCGCGUUCGGUCGUGUCGCAUUUUAAAUAUAAAGCACCUUAAAGAGUAAGUUACGAGCACGCCUAGAAUGAUAAUUUAUAUACGAUAUUGGUAUAUUCGCAACGGAACUUCAAAACCUAGUUCGAGUUCGAUAUGAACUUUUUCUUUGUUAUCAAUUAUUAUGUAUUGAUAAAGCAUAAAAUUGAUAUUAAUUCUUUCCGUGUCUGGCUAGCUAAUGCUACAUGCCAAUAUUUUGAUAAAAGUUUAUAGAUUCUUAAAUAAUCCACAAAAUACGGGUGUGAAUUAUCUGAUGUUACUGGAUAAAUACGUACAAAUUCUGAUGUAACAAAUUGGAACGAAGUCUCGACAGUUUUGUUGUGGAUAUACCGCAUGUAAGUUAGUUAGAGCCGCGCUACGCGGUUGUUGUAAGUGAAAUAUAUUAUUAUUAUUAUUACUAGAGAAUUAUAAUAUUAUUAAACGGUUAAGUAAAAUUUUAUAAGAUUGAUAUAUCCCUUCCACCGUUGCGAAGGGUACGCGACUAAAUGCAUUCCGAAAUCUUCCAAUGUAUCGUGCAUUUUGUGUCCAUUUUAACGAUUUUUUUACUGUAGCUGUGACGUGAUCGCGCCGUGCGAUGGCCGCCGGGGAGUGUCCUCUAUGAGGGCUGCGGAAUGCCGCCGAUAUGUUCACUAGUGCCACUCGCUAAAGUUCAAAUUUUAUAUAAGUGACGUCGUCCGCAGGACGUUUUGUGUCGUCUCGCGAGGACGAUUUUUAAUUUAAUGGUGGGAUUUUUUUAAAUAAUAGUUUGUACAAAUAAUAUGAUUCCUCCUAACGUAGGGCUUCUGAAGUUCUGAUGAUUCUUCCAUUGUUGUAACUCGAGGGUGUGUGUCGUUAGUGUGAGUCUGUCGAGUGUGUAUCUUUUUAGUGCUAAGCUAAGUGUUGUCGAAGACCUAGUCGACUGUUGAGGGACUCCGCGUCCGCUACGUUUCCAAAGCCGACGCUCUCGUAAAAUAUUUCAAAGUGUAUCAUUAUAUUUACUAUACAAUAUGGAACAUAUUUAUAGCGCAUACGACAUGUUAAUCGUAGUUUAUUUUUCUAUGAAUCUUCGCUGUUGUGCGUCGCUCGGCGCGCGUCCUAGUUUUGUCGCGGGGGGAGGGGAGGGGAGUUGAGUGAGGAGAGACGAGAAUAAAUAUGUAUUUUUGUAUGAACUAUAGUCGACAGCGGAACCCCGCGCACGAUCGGUGAUCGGUCGCCGAGCGCCGCACGAUAUUUUCUACAGUUCUGUGUAUUUCCAUUGGCAUUUAUUUAGGUACUAUCGUGAAACGUAUAUUUUUCUAUAUGUAGUCAAAUUAGUUUAACGUUUAUAUUGUGUAAAUAAAUAAAGCUUUAACUCUUAAGUACGUUAUGAUAAUGUAAAAAUUGUUACUUGUAAAUUCGUUUAAGACUAAGUCAACAUUUAAAUUUGACUUCCGUUCGAGAGUAGAAUGUAUUUACAUACAUGUAUACUCGUUGGAGCGUUUUCACAUUAUGCGUCACCGAUAUUUUACAUCACACCAAAAACUCCAUAUCUGUUGGCGUAGUUUCGUCUGUUAUUAUUUAUUAACAAACAGACAAAAUUUUUCUUAUUAGUUAUUUCAACAUUAUUCUCUUUGUAAGGCAUUGGUCGUAUGACGUAUGUGUAUAUGUAAUGGGAAAACGCUCGCGAGUCGCUAUGAGAGCGAAUUGUUAUGUGACAGAUGUUUGUAUACUGAUUGUUAUACGAGGGUAGGCCAUACGUUAGCCCUAAUUGCACGAACAAUUCUUUUAUAUUCGUAGAUAUAACGAUUAUUGUCUAGCACAAAAACACCUGGGGAGCGCCUUCGGCUCCCUAGUUAAUGAGUAUCGACAGGUACCUGUACAUAUUCUGUUUUAGUAACAUAGCUAUAAUACAUGUUAAAUAAUGAUGUUAAUAACAUUUUAGAUAUCUUUUUAGAGCUUUCCUAAGAGUGCAAUUGAUAUUUGUUGACAGAGUUAGCGCCGGCGCGAUGCGUCGGGCCGGCUUUAACAUUUUUAAUGAAACAUUGUACAACAGUAUAAAGCCACGUGGCACACUAAUAUUAACCUCAAAACAAAUAUAAACACUGUUAAACUAAAA